AUUUCGUUCAAACCUCUGAGCAUUCCAGCGACUGUUUUAGGUUGAAUCGGAGAUCUCUUGGCGGAGAGACAUACACCGGCUAGUUCAAUCAUCCCUGUAAACCCCUGAAUCUUUCCGUUGAAGAAACUAAAGUUUAAAUACCUAAGAGAACGUUUACUUAUGAGAGUGAUGUGAUCGAGACUUUUGUGAGUCGAGGUUUAAAGAUUCAGAAGAUAAGCGAUAUGUCUCGUGAAUCAGAGAACACUGAUGAUGAACCAUCGAAAUGGAUGAAGUUCCGUUCACUACUGGUGUUCUCGAUGCUUCUGCGUGUGUUUUUGAUUGUUUAUGGAGAAUGGCAAGAUGCUCAUAUGGAGGUCCGGUACACUGAUGUUGAUUACAUUGUAUUUUCCGAUGCUGCUUCGUUGAUGGCAUCCGGAGAAUCUCCUUACAAGCGAACCACAUACCGUUAUUCGCCUUUGCUCGCGCUUCUUCUGACCCCUAAUUCCUUCUUUCAUCGGUCAUGGGGAAAGUUUCUCUUCUCAGCUUCUGCCUCACAAUGUGUCGAUGAUUUGUUUCUCUGUCGUUUUGGAAUCUAUUUCCAUGUUUCAGAUUUACUGGUCGGCUGGUUUAUCCAUAAGAUUUUGAAACAACGUAAGGUGCCUGAGAAGAUAUGUACAUAUUCUGUAAUGGUUUGGCUUUUCAAUCCGUUUACAUUCACUAUUGGAACCAGAGGGAACUGUGAACCCAUCGUUUGUGCCAUGAUAUUAUGGAUCAUUCUCUGCCUAAUGCAAGGUAAUUUGUUACAAGCUGCAUUUUGGUACGGGCUUGUUGUGCAUUUCAGGGUCUAUCCUAUUAUCUAUGCCUUGCCAAUCAUCCUGGUUCUUGAUACCCAGGUAUUUAGAUCUGGUCAAAAGCCGGCUCUUUUGUAUUGGAAUACCGGUCAGGCCAAGACACCUGCCAGUAACAUGGAGAGAAAAACAUUCCUCUUCAAUCUCUUGACCACCUUGAAAAGUUUAUUUUCCAGGGAGAGAAUCAUGUUUGCUUUGAUAUCCGGGGGAGUUUUUCUAGCUUGCAAUGCUGUUUCCUUCUAUUUUUAUGGACAAGAGUUCCUGCAUGAGGCUCUCUUAUAUCACCUUACUCGAACAGAUCCAAGGCACAACUUCUCCAUCUACUUCUAUCACAUAUAUCUUCACUAUGAGCGCCAGUUUUCAGCUGUGGAGAAGCUUAUCUCGUUUUUACCCCAGUUUACAGUACAGUUUGCUCUAGUCUUCUGCUUCUCCCAGGAUCUAGUGUUCUGCAUCUUUCUCCAAACCGUUGCAUUUGUCACUUUCAAUAAGGUGAUAACUGCGCAGUACUUUGUGUGGUUUUAUUGCCUGCUACCCCUGAUUCUACCAUGGAGCCAUAUGAAGCUGAAAUGGGAAGGCUUGUUAUGCAUCAUUAUGUGGAUCGGAGCUCAGACACAUUGGCUCUUAUGGGGAUACAUGCUCGAGUUCAAGGGCGUUAAUGUCUUUCUACCGCUAUGGAUCGCGAGUUUGCUGUUUCUGGCUGCAAACACCUUCGUCCUUGUCAGAAUCAUACAACGCCAUCGAUUCUCUCCUCUCUUCAGACGGUAUGAAUCGUCCUCUUCUUCAAACAAUGUUACCAAAGAAGACUGAGACUAGCCAAAAGUUAUUUGCUUUGUUGAGUCAUUACCAUCUACUGAGACUUUCAAGUUUACGGCUUUUGUAUAUGAUUCAUGAUCUGCAAAUUUUGUUGGUGUCUGCUUUUUGUUUGAUAUGUAUUCUAAAGGUUCGUUAGGAUUUUUCUCAAGAAAAGUUCAUUGAUGAAUAUGAAACAUUUGUAGACCUUGCUUGUCCUCAGAUUCCUUGUACAAGAGAGACUGCAAAUAGCUGUAUAAAAACAACAGGUCAUAAAAGCAUCAUCACACAAAGCGUAGAUUGCUCUUUACAUUUGUUUUAAUGUGAGAGUAUACAAACUUUGAUA